AUGAGUCUCUCACUCAAACACAUUCCCUGCCCGGCAGGCGAUAAGUGCACCGCUUUCCAGUGUAUAUUCGGCCACAAUAAGGACAAUAUUGGCUUCAAUCCCCCGCCCCUUGAGCCAAUACAGAAUCAUCGGACGUCUUCGCCUUUGAAUCAAAAUCGCCCUAGCAAGCGUUUAAAGGUUGAUGCAGCGAGCCCUUCCCUCUCAUCGCAAACUGGUGUAGCCUCUCCUGCUCGGACGGGGCCAAAGCCUGAGCAACCAGGCUUUUCACCGAGCGUUGCGCGUCCAAUCUCGCCUCCUCCACUGAAGAGAAAAGCCACCGCCUCAACUCCGAGCGCAAACGCUGCCACCACAAAGAAUCCGCAGCCGACCAGGGCGCCAGGAGCUUCCACCUCCAAGGCGACUGCAACAGCUAAUCCAAAGAAGCCCGAGUCUCUCAAUCCUAGGCUGCUCAAGAGCUCUCCGGCGAGCCAUGAAGUACGAUUAAAACUUAUUAAACUUGUCCACCGGGAAUUUAAGCGCCUUAACGAUGAACUAAGGAAGACUGUAAACGACCAAGAGCAGAAACUCCUCUUGUCCGACCAAGACCUAAUUACCAGGGCCCUGGACGAAGAGCAAACUUGCGCCAUUGACAAACCAGCCGUAUAUAACAACGUCAUGAAGAACAAAAUCUUUCAGUUGAAACGCAUGACUGCGGCUCAGUGGAAAGAAGUCAGAAUUAAAGAGCAGCAGGAAGCUCAAAAUAAGCUUCAAAAAGACAACAUGAUUGAUGGAGAGCCCAGAAAGAUUGAGACUGGUCUCACGUACGCACAGGAAGUCGGGUUGUUGAAACGUAUCCUUACACCACUCGACGGUAUGGGUAACCACGGCUAUGUCCCUACAGUCCCGACACAGGAACAAAUCAAGUCGGCCGUGGAUGGUAUGGACGCAGCAAAGGGAUGGGAGAAGUGUGACCGCUGCCAGCAACGAUUCCAAGUCUUUCCCGGACGGAGAGAGGAGGAUGGCGCCCUGACAACAGGAGGAGGAUGCAAGUUUCACUGGGGCAAAACCUAUAUCCCGAGCAAGCAACCCGGCGAUAAGACGAGGGUGCCCAAACGAUACCACUGCUGCGGCCAAGAAGUUGGCGAGUCGGCCGGAUGCUUCACCCAUGAGCACCAUGUGUUCAAAGCGAGCGAUGCGAAAAGAUUGGCCGCCGUCCUGAACUUUGCUGAGACGCCGGAGAAUCCCCUGGCGCCGACAGACAGAGCCGUCUGUUUUGACUGUGAAAUGUGCUACACGGUCCACGGGCUCGAGUUGGUACGCCUGACAGCUACCUCGUGGCCUACGGGAGAGGACUUGCUGGACGUCUUGGUCCAGCCUCUAGGCGAAAUCCUAGAUCUCAAUUCCCGCUUUUCUGGCGUCUGGCCAGAUGAUAUUGCCGCGGCGGAAUCGUGGUCCGUCAACGACGAUCUCAAGCCAUCCAAGGACAGCGAUGAGAAGGGAAGUGAGGACGGCGAGCUGAAAGCUAAGAAGAAGAAGCUCAAGAUUGUUUCUUCCCCCGAAGUCGCGCGGGAUCUCCUGUUCUCGCUCAUAUCGCCUACGACGCCCCUCAUCGGCCACGGCUUGGAAAACGAUCUUAAUGCUGUGCGCAUCGUUCACCCGACCAUUAUCGACUCUGUCCUGCUUUAUCCGCACAAGAUGGGCUUGCCAUAUCGCUAUGGCUUAAAGACGCUGAUGAAUGUCCACAUGAACCGCAAGAUCCAGCAAGACACGGGCCCAAAGAUGCUAGGCCACGAUUCAGGCGAAGAUGCCAGGGCGGCUGGGGAUUUGGUUCGCUUGCGGGUCAUGGAUGUGUGGAACGAUAUGAAGAGGGUUGGUUGGCGGGUUGUCGAUGGCGAGAUUACGCCUCCUGAAGGCGAAGGGGGCGGUUUGACAGAAGCGUUUAUCGAGGGACGCGGCAAUUUCAAGUUGGCUUGA